GUCGGCCAGUAAACGACCUCGCCGCCUCAGUGUGUAGUGAGUGCCUAAGGGGAAGGGACGCCGCUCUGCCCCGACGAGACGAGACGCUCAGCAUGGCGUGCGGCAUCCAGCAUGCGGCGCCCCUACGCCUGGCACACGCCGGGCAUGACAGCAACUCCUCCCUGCCGAGUCAUGAUCUCGGCCGACAUAUGAGGAGAACUGUGGGACCAAGAUGGUUGGAGGGGCAACGUUCUCUCAGUCACACCCCCAACAAGAGUCUGGAGUCCCUAUGCCAGCAGUGCUAUGUGCAGAAGAGCCUGUCCAUGUUGACAAUCACACAGAGGAAGUCAGAGGGUGGAGCAGACACAGAGGGAAGACCACGGUCACACAUGAGGAGGGCUGUCCGGUACAUGUGGGUGACGGAGGUGAUCUCGGGGACUGGUUUCUUCGCGGUGACGGAGAAAAGCCGAGAGAAGGCCACUGAAGUGAGAACCGCCUUGGCAGCCCAGCUGGGGGAAUCUCCCACCAUGGCUGAGAGGGUGGUGCCCAGGAUGAUCUAUGCACUGAAGGUGAAUGGCUGCUGGGAGCGUGUGAUGGUGAGGAGCCAUUGCACCGCCAGCUGCUGCUCGCUGAGGAUGGAGGGCGAGGAGCAGUCAUCCCCUCCAGAGCACUGGCAUGUUAACUUGAUGGAGGUGGGCAGCAUGAAGUGUGUGGCUUUGUCACAGCUGGCCCUCAUCACCAGGGAAAUUGCCUCAGAGACCCCCAAGGCCAGGCUCUACUAUCUGAGUCGAAUCUACCUUGAAGAUGAUGAAAAGAAUUAUCAGGCCAAGGCAUUUCUGAAGAGCCAAAUCAUGAAUAACCAGAGGCUGACGGCUGAAGUGUCUUACCCCCCAUCUGGCAGAGGCCUGAUCCAUGUUGAGAUUGUCUUUGGUAAUGCAUUCCUGAGUGAUGCACUUGUGGAUGCAGGCUUUGCUAAAUACACCAGGUUCAGAUCCAGAUCCAGAUCCAGAUCCAGGGCUCAUGACCAGAGGAAGAAGGUGUCAAAAGCAGCUUCUUGCUGUUCUUCUCAGGACAAAGUGUCUGUAAGCUCCAGAAACAGCCUUGUGCCUCGUGUACCACUACGUGCACCACGGAACACGAAGCCUGAUAUAGGGAACAGCACACUUCCUGAAUUGAUGGAGCUCAUUGACCAUAUGUUGAAGAAGCGCAAUGAGAGUGCCUACCUGACUUCCAGGCACUCUGCACUGAACAUAGCCAUCAAGUUAUCAUAUAGAGAGAGAGUUCCACAGCAUCAAGGACUAUGUGAAGAUGGAUAUACAUCCCUUGAUAAGUAUCAGAAACUUUUGAGGAGACUAAGGAAUGAAACUCCAUAUGUUGAGGAAAUAAUGGACGUGAAGGAAUCACUCUACAAGCAAUUACUAGGAAUGUUUAAGAAAUGGAAGGCUAGUAACAGACACGCUCAGAAGAAAUCUGAUGUUGCCAUUGAUAUUAUGGCAAACAUUUUCCUCAGAUUUACAAAUACGGACUUUAUAUUUGAAUACUACAGGCAUGAAUGUAAGAAGCUGGAAACUUCCUUGAGUAAUGAAUUACUUCUCAAGAAUGAAGGGCAAGGCCUGGCCCAAAUGAUUGUGCCAGCUGUGGCCACAAAGCUGAUGGCUGCCAUUGAGAAACUGGAGACUUCUGGCAGUGGGUUCAUGCAAACACGAGAAAGAGCCCAGACACUGCAUCAUUUCAUCAUCAACAGCAGAAACAUCAAUUCUCUUGCUCUGGACACUCUGGCCAAGGACAUUCUAAAGGGCUUGUACUGCUACCAUAUGAGGGGGAUAGCCUACAAAUAUCUACACCCAGAAAAUGUGCUUGUGAUUAAUGGCCAUGCAGAACUGAGAACCCUUGAUGACCUGCACGAGUGUACAAUCGGGAAAGACUGGCCAUUUGGGAGUGUUAAGAUGGCCAAAGAAGACUUGGGCAAACCAGGUGAUGUGUUCAAAUUUGGCUUGCUGGUCCUGUGGAUGGCAUGCAUAGGAGUUGACAGCUACAGGACUGCAACCAUGAAGUUCCACUGCAACAUGGCCCUGCUCAAGACGAUCAUGGCUCAAGACCCGAACAAGCGCCCUCUAGUGGAGUCCAUGGUCUGUAUGAACAGUCCCAUCAUCCACUCCAGCAGCCAGGGGUGCAGCAUGCCGCUUAAGUACCACCUCAAGGAAGUGUUCAGUGACAUGUGUAUUGCUGAGGGUGAGGAGGAGACCUCUGACCAGCCCUCAGAGAUGGAGGUGUGCAGUGAGUCAGAAAGCAUGUUCCAGCCAACCACUGAGGAGGAAUCAGGAAAUGAAACCACGGAAAGUGAGGCUCCCAGAAGUAAUCCUCCCAGCCUGCUGAGUGCUGAAAGGGAGGCCAAGGAUGUGCCCCCUCCCAGCACACCAACAGAGAAAGCAUAGUUUUUUUGUUUUUUUUUUUCCCUAAGGAACAGAGUUCUGAAGGAGUGUUUAUUUUUUGUAUUCAAAGAUUUUCUUCAGAUUUACAGUCAUAAGUUUUAUUACUGAGUGUUUCUUGCAUAUAAUGUAGUUAAUUAGUACACAUCUAAUACAUUCUUACAAUGGAAGAUAUCAUGAUUUGAUAGUGAGCACAGGGUUAGGGAGUCACAAAGUUGUCUGACUGUAUGCGUAUUCAUCAUUUUUUAAGCAUGCUGAAUGUAUUAAGUUAUUUUGACAUUUUCAGGGAGAACUUUAUUAUAAUCCUUCCUUCCUUUCCUUUACUGAUAUAGUGAGGAUAGAAUGCAUUUCAGUAUCUUUUGUAUGGAAUAAGUGGAGACAUGUUUGCUUUAAAAAAAUAUUUAUAUAUACUUCCUUAUAAGCUCAUUUGUUUAACAAGAAAUAAAAAAAAACUGAGCAUUACUGUCUUCUUU